CAGGGGAUCGCGGAAACGAAACCGGAGUAGCAUUCGCAGUUCCUCGCAAAAGGACAUGGCUUUUACUGUACUCCCAUGUUGUUCCCUCAUGGCAACAUUGACGACGAGAUUGAGAAGCGACGGCGAUCAUGCACGCACAUUGACUAACGAGCAGGAGGGAAACUCCGCGACACAGGCGUCAAGCGGUUCCUAACACGGCCGCAUCAGGUCGCCUGUCUGAGCCCUGUGAUUGGGUCCGCAGGUUAUUCUGAAGCUUAGCUCGAAGAAUCCCAGAGACAAUCUCCAGCCGGAUGUGCCCCGGCUACCAGCUCAAGUCUGUUGAGCGGGGAUGCCCAUGCCGUCAACCUCCUGCGCCUGCAACUCCGAUGGUCAGGGCGGCGACACUUCCAGGGCCGAGGCUCCGUAUCAUAUCAGCUCUCGGGCCUGUUCAUAACCCGGAUCUCGAAAUCAGCCUGUUGACUUGCCCAUCACAAGCGUACCAAAACACCGAGCUACUGUGGAGUCCGAGAGAUUACAAGCCAUCAUCACCACCUCGUUCGGGUGUGGACCACCGAACAAGGGCGAGGCGACUGGUUUUAGCGUCCUCUUACCCAGGCUCUCCGCGUUGUCUCCGCGAAACCAAAGAAAACAAUCGAAAUUAUCCCAACCGACCAAGACCAGGUGGCUUAAUUAUUGGAUCCGGAAAUGAUUCUGACGCUACUUGGUCAACUAAGGCUGAUGCCAGCUAUACUACCAGUCGCAAUCCCACUCGCGGGCACGACAUGCCAUCAUUUAAGACCUUUGAAGGGAGUCCCGUCCUGUCUCUGCUAUUAGCGAGCAACUCCACACCGAGUGUCGUCCUGUCUCAAACAUUGCGGCUUCCCUCAUCCACGUUGAGGACGGGGCCAAGCGGAUAUUUGAUUACACCUCCAGCGGCGACUCAGCGUACCGAGCUUCCCGGCGAGACGAGGUGGUCCGUUCGCCGUCUUGCCCACGCGAACCGGAGAGUCGUGUUCCAGAAACUUGUCUCCCAAGAUGAAGAAUCGACGCUACUUGGGGCACGUCACUGCGGGUGCAUGUGUAAAAAUCUCCCAGGAUCAGUGGCCGCAACGACAGAAAUAAUGGCUGUCCCCCUCUUCUCUCUCGAAAGGGCCAGCAGCUCGAACCGAAAUGAGCCGUCUAAGGUUGUCUUGGUACCCCUCUCAGAGGUCGCAGUACGACUCCCUGGGCUGAGUCCGUAUCCGCAUCGCCAUGAUCUGCGCGACAUUUCCAUACACUUACUCACACUUGCCCACGCUUGCCCGUUUGUUGCAGACUGCAUCAGCCAGCCAGCUUUCACCUCGCUCGGGGGUCUGCAGAAAACGGCUACAUCUCGCCGCCGCUUUAGACAGCAUCAACCGUCCAUUCGGACAUCAGGAAUCAAGGCUACAAGACAGGGAUAUGGCCCGAGGCACCCAGAAAGUCCGUCCAGAGCAAAGAAGCCUCAGAGGCUCCCAAGGGGGCAGGAAUCCAGGAUUACUGGCACGCAGACCCUUGCGAAGGCUGAGUCAAGUGUGGGAGGAGGGGGCCUCGUCAAGGUGAAACGCGCCUGCGGGACUGCGUCAGGAAGUCAUUCUCGUUUCUGAUGCCUCAAGACUCCGCCGGCGCUAAUGACACCCGCCCCUCUUCAGUGGCCCUCGAAGUGAGACACGCCCCCUCCAACACGGUCUCUUGUCUGUGUGUUUGUGAGUCUUUGGCGAGCCCAGUUUCCCGCCCAGCCACGCGCUACGCUGCUCGUCCAAUUCUUGUUUGUGGACCACAUCGAAUCAAUCGCAUCAUUGUCAUCUUUGGGUAUUCAUUGGGCGCAAGAGUAGCUUUUGUGGGCCAAUAGGUUCGGUUGGAGAAGCCGGUGCGAGCGCCAGCGCCAGUGUUGAAGAGUCAGCGAUGGAGGACGAAGCAUUCCCCAGAGAUACUGCGAGACGCCCAUCCGGGAAGCACAGUACUGGUGGCACUCUGCUUGUGAUCUCCGUGUUUUGUUGACGACAUGUAGCUGUCUGCUCUAUUCCAUUUCUGAACAGUCACAACCAUUCGUUUACAUGUCGUCGAUGAAAUGCGAAG